AUGGGGGGUGCUGUAAAUGGAAUGGGAGGAAACACAAAUCAGAAUUUAAAUCAAAGGCCAAGCUAUGUUGGUCAGAAUCAGAAUAGCCAGACACAAGACUCAGCAUCUGGAAGUCGAAAUCAAGGACUUGGUAGACUCAAUCAGUUCCCCAAUGGUCAAACACAAGGUUCAUCUUCACAGUCAUCAAGUCAACAAGGACAAAACCCAACGGAAUACUAUCAGGGACAGAUAGAUGGACGCAGUCACUUCUACGACGAGGAUGAUGAUAUAAUCAGAACUUUACCUCCAAGCUAUGAGGACCAUGAUGCACCCCAUCAAAAAUCCUAUGCACGGGCGUACACAGGCGGGUGCGGUCAGAAUCCUGGCAAUGCAGAGGGGGGCUCGUAUCGCCGUAAUGAAUUUGAAUAUACGGUAGAGGGAUGGAUAACGCCAUCAUCUGAACAACAAUACACAGGAUUGCUCAACAAAAGACUGAUGAAACGUCGCAGCUACACAUACCCACGUCCCUCACAAUCACAAACAAACGGUGAAUAUUACAAUCCUGUCGGAAGCAAGCCUGGAGUUUUUAUGGGUGGCAGUAAUCAAGUGUUGACUGGAGUAGUCAAGCGUCACUUGCAUUGA